UUCGUUUGAUUAUCAUCCACAAAAACGGGCCUAUAAAUGCAGCGCUAAUUGCAAGCAAUGGCACAGUUUGCAUUGAACUCAUUCUGCAAAAUGAAAUUCACUUUACUGUUGAUUCUCUGCUUUUGCCUAUUCAAUUUGGCCUAUGGCAAUGCUGUGAUCGGCACUAAGCCGCCGUUUGUGCGGAGCCGUUAUAGCCUCCGUUGGCGUAAGACCACAACAACCAUGUCACCUAGUACAACAGGUCGUGUCGUGGAGCCGGCCACGUCAACUCAGCAUCCAGCAGCCAUGCUUGGCACCUCAACAGCCAGUCCAGAUUACGACUAUUAUGGCACCGGGGAAGCUGCCGACAACUUGGUGCAUAAAUAAAUACCAAUGUUGUAGCUGUCACUGUGACAAGCAAAAUCUACAUAUACUCACUUAUGUAACAUUCACAUAGUGGCAAUAAAAUUUAAAUAAAUACAU